AUGAACUCCAACAGCACCAAGUCUAGUGCUACGACUAAGGCUAGUCAGGGUAUAUUCCCAGGAGUUGCCCCCAGCAAUCAGUCCAUCUUACUCGAGAAGUUAAACGUUCGGAGAUCUACACCAGACUCAGAAGCUCUUGCAAGUUCUGACGACGAACCCGAUCCUCAUCGACAAGAGGUACCUCAUUCAUUAAUCCAGCCGCCUCACAAGCCCCCUGUUCGCCGCGCUUCGUGGCUGAACGACACUUCACAAGCUACGCUCCCACAUCCAAGAAAAGGUUCAUUUGCAAGCAGUUCAAUGUCUCCCACGACCUCUCACCCUAGCACCCCAUCGGCGGAACCGAGUGCUGCCGUUUGGGGUACUCAUACUUCAUCGUCUGGUGCAAUAGGGCGUGGGCAUCAAGGCCCACCAUCAUUCCCGUGGGGAACAGGUAUUUGGAAUACGGAGCGUAAGGAGCCGCCGUCUCGAUUGACCGAAGUACUGCCUUCGCCAACUUCUACUAUUCCUGGAAAUGGUGGUUUCUUUGGAGAGAGCUCUUUAGCGCAGACAUCUCCCACCCCAAGAGAUCCAGGAUCUAACCCACAGAUUCCCUUCGCCAUCCCGCUCCACCCAACACCGAAAACAUACCGUUCGCAAUCCUAUUCGGUUGGGCAGUUGGAUCCAGAUACAGCCACUCCUACCAUGCCUCCAGCCUCGGUGAUGCCUGGUAGAUCACGCCCCCAUGGACAUCCUGGACUGCAGCAUAGACCUUCACGCCCUAGUAUGUUGAGUGAAAUGUCUAGCGAUGGUGCAAUGUUGGGCAAAGUGAAAGAAGUCGAAGAUGAUGAUGAUGAAAGCACCAGUGAUUCGGCCCAGGGCCAAAUCCACCAGCAAAGCGUUGACGCCAAGACCAUUGAGAUGCUCACUCGGGAGAAUGCGAUGUUGCGACAGCAGCAGCAGCAGCAACAACAGCAGCAACAGUAUCACAAUUCCAGAAUCAGGCCCCGUGCGUCAACCGGUGCCACAUAUGGACUAGGUAAUGGAUAUGGCGUCCGUGGUGCCGUUCCCGAAGAAUCCGACUAUGCGAUUGAUGAAUUAGACGAAGCGGGCGAGGGUCAAGAUGGCGCCUCAAAACGGGGCUUAGCAAGACGUAUGAGUGAAUAUGCAUCUGGGUCCUUCCGUACACCAUAUCCUGUGGAGAACAGAAAGCUUGAGAAUGUAAAGAAGGCCUAUUGGCAGAGUUCCUUGGGAUUUACUGGCCUCUCCGACAUUCCGCAAAGCCGCAGACAUUCGUUCGCCGACAUGCCAACAAGGCAAGGCUCUAUUAGUUCGAUUGGAGAGGGUGUUUCUCUUCACGAGGCAACUUCUCCGGAGGCCGCUCAGUCCCAAGAAUUUGGUGGAUUCCCUGAAGGUCCCGGCUUUACUACCACCAGCCCGAUAUCAUAUUAUCCUGGUAGUGGUAAUGGCCCCAGCGCACACCAAGCCAUCGCAUCCUCUGCUUAUGGCAAUCCUUAUCAGCCAGCUUAUGGGCUACCUUCGACCUUCGCAAACCGCGCGCCGUCGCCGCAUAGGAGCUUGUAUGGCAUGAGCCAGCCUAGACACAACCAAUUACUACACAUUGUGCUCUUCAAGUGUUCUCGAGCAGACGUCUUUUAUAUUCAGGAGGGUACUGGUCUGACAGUCAAGCCUGGAGAUCUGGUCAUAGUGGAAGCAGAUCGAGGCACUGACCUUGGAACUGUGGCUCGUGACAAUGUCGAUUGGCAGACUGCCAAAGAAUUGAAGGAACAUUACGCGGAAGAGCAUUAUAAAUGGUUGAUGAUGUAUUCACAGAAUGCAGCGGCUGCCCAGGAAGGGACAGGGGCUGGCUUGAUGGCGGCAUCUAACGGUCUUCAGGGCAGCGCAAUUGGUGGGAUGGGACCGCCUAGCCAACACCAUAUGCAAGAGCCGAAUGCUGGUGAACUUAAACCGAAACUUAUCAAGCGCCUUGCUCAGAGCCACGAGAUCCAUAACCUCCGAGACAAAGAAGGAAAUGAAGCAAAAGCCAAACGAAUGUGUAUGCAGAAGGUGAAGGAACAUGGUCUCAACAUGGAGAUUCUUGAUGCUGAGUUCCAGAUGGACUGGAAAAAGUUGACCUUCUACUACUUCGCCGACUCAUAUAUCAAUUUCAACUCGCUUGUCACCGACCUUUUCAAGAUCUACAAAACAAGGAUUUGGAUGUCGGCUAUCAACCCCGCUUCGUUCGCAAGUCCAACUUUGGGGCUUCAGGCGCCUAGUGGCAUCGGACCCGGUGCUGUUGGCCCCGGCGCUGUCGGCCUUGGAAGGGGCAGCGGAGCUACUAACACAGAGCGAAGACCUAACCCAUCUCAGGAUUCGCAGGGUGCGUUUCCCGGAGGUGGUGCGCCGGGCCGACCAUUCCAGUCAUCCUUCAACCAACCUUUUGGCCCGACAGACCGUCCAUCUGUAGCCAAUCCUGCGUAUCCUCAAUCUGGCUUUCCCUAUUCCGCCUAUGGUGCAUUUAGUAGUGCCCCGAGGGCUGGCGGAGUAUCUUUUGUUCCAAAUGUGAUGCAAGGAAUGGAUACAUACCCGAGCGGCUUCUCACAGGCCGGGGAAUUCCCCCCGAGCAUGCGAGCACGCUUUCCAAGCCCCCACACGGCUCCGUUACCCCAUGAUCAGGGAUUGGCAGGACAAAACGAAUGGGUUGGAGCAUUUCAGGGGCUCUCUAUGAACUCGCGCUGA